AUGGCAACUACUAGUGGCGACAAAUUUGUGAGUUUAAAUGAAAGUAUUGACAAAAAGGAUUUUGAGAUAUUGAAUACGAAAACGAAAGAAACGAUUAAAGUGUUGAAAGGGAAAGAAACAAUAACAAGUGAAGUAGAUGAACAAUUAUUAAUUCAUAUCUCAUUUACUCAAACGGUUAAUCUUCGAACACUCCUUUUUCAAUCUCCGAAAAGUGAGACUGCUCCAAAGGAGAUUUUGAUAUUCACGAACAGAAACGACAUUUCUUUUGAAGAUGCGGAGUCAGUGAAACCAACUCAAAUCAUUUCGAUAAACCAAAACGAAAUAGGAAAACAAGUUGCUGUGAAACCUUUUCUAUUUAAUAAUGUCCACGCUUUAACGAUCUUUGUCAAAUCAAACUUUGCCGGAACGAAAGUGACGCAAAUCAAAAAAUUCGAGCUCUUCGGACAAACGAAGAAAACGACUAACAUGAGCGACUUCAAACCCGUUUGUUGCUGUUGUUGUCAACAGCAACAGAUGAAGUGA